GUGUUACCACGCUCCCUGCAUUCGCUUCGCGGCUUCUGACUGAGUUCUGGUCCCUCUUGCGAUUUCAUUACUCACUGCUCCUUGUUUUGGUAAUCAAGAACACAAUAAUUACACAGAGACGGAGUCAGAUAGUUCAAGGAAAUGACUAGAUGGUUCAUGAUGAAUUGGAUACUGACCUUUGUUUUAUUUGGCUUGUACUUCACAACAAAAAGAUAGCUGGGAUUCGGGACCGUCCAAAGACCAAAUAUGAGCCUAGCAUGCCUUGUUUGCCAUGGCGUAGAAAGUCCGUCGCACUCUUUUAGGAGUUACUCUGUUUCAAGUUCAGAUAAUGAAGGAAGAUGUUCUACCAUUGCCAACUGCUUAACCAGGAACUCACUUCUUCCACUCCCAAGAGCUAAUUCUUCAAUCCCAUCGACAUCUAAAGUUACCCCUCAACCACCUUAUCCUAGUAGUGGCGGAAUGACAGGUCCCCCACGAUUAGUCCGGAGCCGUGCUGUGAGCAGGGACCUAGUGAGAGACUGGAACUUUGAUGAUGUUCUGAUGGAGCGUUAGUUUGUUAACUUCGAAAAGGGGAGCGGAGCGGGAUCUCUUGGGAUAAUGUUAAAAGGGGGUAGGGGGAUUUCUUGGGAUAAUGUUAGUAUUGCAUCUUUUGCGGCAGACCCAAUUUUGUUGGGUUGGUUAUCAUGUUCUGUAACAAAAUGACGAUUUUGGAGAAAAAUAUUAUGCUGCUCAUAAUUUUUGAUUAGUACUUGAGAAUGUGGAUGAGCUUUAAACAA